AGCCUUUGGUGUUUUUCCUCAGAGCAACAGACUUGGCCAGCUGUUCAGUCAAGGUGUUGUUUUCUUUGAAUUCGCGAGAUGAAACACAACUCCAACGUCCCGGCUUUCCUCACCAAGCUGUGGACGCUUGUCGAGGAUGCAGACACCAAUGAAUUCAUCUGCUGGAGUCAGGAGGGCAACAGUUUCCUGGUGUUGGAUGAGCAGCACUUUGCCAAGGAGAUCCUGCCCAAGUUCUUCAAGCACAACAACAUGGCAAGUUUCAUCAGGCAGCUCAACAUGUAUGGUUUCCGUAAAGUGAUGCACAUUGACACAGGCAUUGUGAAACAGGAGAGAGACGGUCCAGUGGAGUUUCAGCACCCCUACUUCAAACAUGGACAGGACAACCUGCUGGAGAACAUCAAACGGAAGGUUUCUAACACUCGGCCAGAGGAAAACAAGAUUCGACAAGAAGACCUGACCAAGAUCUUGGCGAGUGUUCAGAGUGUUCACAGCAAACAGGAGAACAUGGACGUCAGGCUGGCAACACUCAAGAGGGAGAAUGAAGCUCUGUGGAGGGAGAUCUCAGAUCUGAGACAGAAACAUGCCCACCAACAACAGCUCAUCAAAAAGCUGGUACACUUCAUCGUCACAUUGGUACAGAACAAUCGCAUCCUGAAUUUAAAACGCAAAAGGCCAGUUCUCAUGAACAGCAAUGGAAAGAAGCCCAAAUACAUUCAUCAGAUGUAUGAUGACAAAGUGUGUGUGGAACAGUCGUCUGUCAGCAGUCUGAGUGGUGUGAAGAGCUCUGAGAUGUCAGAUGACGUCAUAAUCUGUGACGUGACUGACAAUGAUGCCGAGGUGGGAGCUGAGAUCACAGAGGAGUCACCCAGAGCCUACGAGCAAGGUGAUGUAGAAAUCGUGGAAGUAGAGUUGGACAGCUGUGCGGUGCUGCCAGCUGAGACGGAGGUGAGCACCACCCGCACAGAUGACAUCAAACAGACAGAGGAUGGUGUGUCAGCAGUAGCAGCAGCAGCUGCUGCAGCAGCAGCAGACGACAGCCAGAGGAGCAGCGCUUCAGACGGCAGUGGACCAACCAGCAGUGCCGUGCAGCUCAAUAAACUCUCAGGCCUGAAUUUCGAGGACCCCGUCAAGAUGAUGGAUUCCAUACUGAACGAGAACGGAGCAAUAUCACAGAACAUCAACUUGCUGGGCAAGAUGGAGCUGAUGGACUAUCUGGACAGUAUUGACUGCAGUCUGGAGGACUUCCAGGCCCUGGUUUUUGGAAAACAGUUUGGCAUUGACGCACUAGAGGAAAGUAUUUCCUCCAAAGAGAACCCCACACAGUUAAACAGAGGCAAGACAGAGGAAGCCAACACAGACAAGCAGUUGAUCCAGUACACCUCCUGCCCCUUGCUGGCUUUCCUCGAUGGCUGUAUUUCUCAUCCAGAGCUGGAGCUGGCCGCCGGCGGCAGCAGCAGCAGCAGCGCCGCCUCCUCAUAUAACACCCACCUGCAGCCCUCUUCCAGCUGCAGUGCUUCUGUGGAGGACGAGCCACCCUCAGAGCUGCUUGAAAACAGCCUGGAGUCGAAGCAGCUGGCCCGCAGCUCCCUGAUCCGCCUGGAGCCUCUGACGGAGGCGGAGGCCAGUGCCGACACGCUCUUCUACCUGUGUGAACUGAGUCCUCCUGCAGUGGAGGCCGACUCCACCCUGCUGGACAAAGUGUGAACAGGAAGGGAACUGGUGUGGCAGUGAUGCUGGUUCACCUCCAUCCUCCAAACAAUACUGACAUUGUGUGUUAAUGUGCGCGCACCUCUGUGACCUGAGGUGUGUGUGUUUGUUUAGACGCAGUAAGAGAAGUGACGAAAAGCACCAGGCUGGUGGAAGAACAGCUGCAGUUUGUACCAUGUACACAUUUAUACAUUUUAAGACUUUUGCAUUGAAGAGAACAUUUGAGUCACAGAAAGAAGCCACAUUUUCAUCAAGUAUAACAAUAAUAGUUUAUCAACCUCUGGCAGGUUAUUAACCCUUUGAACCUAACAGAUGCAAUCUGUGUGGAAAAAAAUGGUUCCUCUGUCAAAAGAGAACACACACAUCGUACACAUGCUGUAUACAGUAUCUCUAUGUGUACAUUAAAGGGACAGUUCACCCAAAAAUCAAAAAUACAAUUUUUUCCUCUAACAUGUAGUGCUAUUUAUUAGUCUAAAUUGUUUUGGUGUGAGUUGCAGAGUGUUGGAGAUAUCAGCCAUAGAGACAUCUGCCUGCUCUCCAAUAUAAUGGAACUAGAUGGCACUUAGCUUGUGGUGCUCAAAGCACCAAAAAAAAUAAAAUUAAAAACUCAACAGCAAUGUCUCUUUCUGGAAAUCAUAACCUGGUUACUCAAGAUAAUCCACAGACCUUGUUGUGAGCAGCUUCAUGUAGGAACUGUUUUCAUUUUGCCAAUCUACACCCAUUAACUGUAUCACCACGUAGAAGGAAGAGUGCAUCUGCUCAUGAACGAGAGGCUCGUGAACAUGACAGAACAUGAAAACACUAACAGCAUCUUUCACAGCUGACCUGUAAUGUUAGCUAGCAGUAGAUGCUUGCUUCCUUCUGCACGGUGAUACGACUGGCGAAGUGUUUUUGAUUUCAGGGUGAAUAAAAAUAAACAUAAACAUCCAUAAGCCCCUCAGAAAUCAUAGAAUAAGAUGAUCCGCAUAUCUUCAGAUAACUUUUUUUCUUUUGUAUCAACAAUGAUAAUCAAGUGAUCAUUGCCAUGGCAAUAUCUGUACUUGUUGGCAACAUUAUACUUCCUGCUUACAUCACCCAAAGCAUGAUGGGAAGUGUACCAAAACACAAAACCCCAACAAAUAGCUUUGUGUUUUUUUGCGAUACCAAUACAUUUUUGGCAUAACUACGGCUUGAAGUAUCUCAUCAUCACAGUUCUCGCGUCUAUCCCUGGAAAAUUGUCACUCUCUUUUACCCAUUCAUAGUAGUAGAACGACUUAUGAGAAUAAAUUCAUGACAUGGAAAGUGAGCAGAGGCAGAUGAGAGCUCAGAAGCGUAAACAAGCUUUUCUGGCAUGUGUCUGAUAGUGAAACCUGUUUUUUUGAUUAUAAGAGAUCUUUAUUUCCACGACUUGAAUGUUUUCUUCAAUGCAAUUCUCUAAAAUGUAUAGAUGACACAGCAUGCACAAACUGUGGCUCAUAUAAGCACCAGACAAUAGGCCCUGGAUUCCCAGCACAGCUUAAUCUUCUCCAGUCUCAUCUUCUCUUCAGUCAGCGAGGAGGCGUCCUCACCAACCCGUAUUAACACACCGAACCUUCGUACGUACUUGUGAAAAUGUAUUUAUUCUGAUUUUUUUGUUGGGUUGUUUUUUUUUUUUGGUUUUAUCUUUUGCUACAUUUCUGUCCACAGAGCUGAGACUCUUCAUUAAGCAACAUUCCUCAGAUAGUGUUGUGUUCAACUGGGGCUUCUCUUUGAGUUCAGACCGGAGAAACGGACUUUUGGUCCAUUAGGUUAAUGAAAGUGCCAUUCCGGAGAACUGGGACAAAAUCUAAACUAAAGAUUGUUCACUGACCUGUCAAACAUCAGAUUAUUGAAAGCUAUUUGCACAUCCUUCAGUGGUCUGACAGAGUGAAAUCAGACAGACAUUAUGAAGUAGAUGAUUGAUAGUUGCACUUCCUCAGAACAACAACAACAUACAGUACUUAAAGGAGCAGUGUGGAGGAUUUGGAUCACCUGGAAAUAAGACUUGUGUUUUUGUUAUCGUAGAAUGAGCUGUUCAUAUCUCCACAGGGAGCAGGUUCUCAUCCAUGGGGUUUGCCAUGUUGCACCCAUUUGGUUGGGAUAUCUGCCGCGUCCUUAACCACCUGGAAAAUGCUAGGUUGGGUGCUGGGUGCUAGUCUUGCCAACUGCCUAGGUUGUUUCCGAGGUUUCUAAGCAACCAUAACCAGCACUGUAUUAUAGCCUACUUGCCUGUAAUCCCAAGUGCAGAGCUCAUCUUCUUCCUGGUGUUCUUUGAGUGUGUACUGGGCCUAAAAUUAUGUCUUUGGACAGAUGUAAAGCCUUGAGUAUCCCUGCACGACAAUGAUCUCCCUCAUAUUCACCACAGACUUAUGUUUACAGAAGAAAGGGAAAAUAUCUGUUGGCUAUGAUUGGUUGUCCCUCAUCACGUGACAUGAGGUGCGCAUUGCUGCAUUCCAAAAGUUAAUUAGUGUUAGAAGUGUUAUUGAAUGGAUCAAAUCCCUACGGGUGAGACAAGUCAUUUUGUGGCAGUUGUAAGUCAAAAAUUGUAUCCACUUUUUCACAAUGUAAGUCUAUGGCAAAAAGGCUUCUUGGGCCCCAGUGCAUCACAUUAUGGUUUCGGAAGUUGUAAUUACACUAUUUGGCAACUACAAAAAUUGGCUUCAAAGCCCAGCACACUUCCUGGGGGCCUGCCGGACAAACCAAAAGCAGUCUUACUGCUAGAUGCCACUAAAUCCAGUGUACUGCUCCUUUAAGGCAUAUUGUUGUAAAUUUGAAUGCUAAACCUUUAAACAUUUCUUAGAUAUGGAAAAUAUCUCGACUUGUGUGUGUGUGGCUGUAUUAAUGUUCAGCAGGUGAUGCUUCCGUCCAGCAAAGACUGCACUAAGAAAAUAUGUGCGUCAAGUUAUCCUACGUUCUCAGUUUAAAUCACCUUUAUCAACAUACUUGAAAAGUAACAAGAGAUGUCCCAGUUUUCAAGAAUGAAAAAGUUCAUCAUGUUUUAAAGGAACACAUUUUGUUACAGCGCCCAGUUGUUCCUUCAGUUUCCUCCAAGCUUCCUGUUCAGUAAGUGAAAACUACCGAGAACUGAGAGAUGUUUAGUGCGUGAGCUGAACUCAGAGCCCUGUUCUCACAGCUGUAAAUGAUUUCACUCUCAUGGUAUUGACUCGCCUCAGUAUGUUCAUGUUGUGACAAAGGGAACGUCGUCUCCUGUCUCUCUUCACUGAUAUAGAAGUGCCUGCAUCCUUUCUCCAUUUCUUCUGGUAGAGCCACUCUUACUACGCCUGACUCGGUUUAUAGUUUACUGUGCAUGGCCACAGACGUCACAUGACUUCUCUGUGACCUGCCUGCAUCCUACGAGCUGUCUGCCAUUGUUGCAAAGCUUUGCAGUUACAAUAAAGCAAAUGCUACAGUA